CGCGCAGGAGUCGCACGCGUGUUGUGUGUGUGUGUGUGUGUGCGAGUGUCAAUGUGUGAGUAAAUAAUAGACUGUGCUUAUAUUGUGCAACACCUUGAUAUUUGAUUGGAACAAAGUAUACGGUGUAAGAAAAUGCAAACUAAGAACAUAAAUCUCAUCCAGGAGCAAAGAAACAAAGACAUCUGCGAGGAACAAAAAAUGUGUCGCCAAGACGGCAUGGUGUACGAAGCGGUCACGGGCGCUGUCGGUUCCACGUAUCACGGGACGGUGUCAUCGGUGCCGCCGUACAGGAUGCCCCCCGCGCCAGAGGCGGCGCUGCCCGGGGCGCCCGCGCCAAGCGCCCACCCCGCCCUCAACCACUCGGCUAAGUUCCCUAUAGAGCGCGAGGUGAUCCUGUCGUGCGGUGACGUGGCGAAGGUGCCGGCGCUGCAGGCCCGACGCCGGCCCGCCGCCGUCGCGCCCGACACGCCGCCCAAGCCCCACGCUGCCUGGCACGCAGAGAACCAACAAGCUGGAAGUUCCUGUGAAUACAGACAGUACCACGACCAAUAUGGAUACGCAGUAAAUCAGAACCAAAACCAGAAUACUGGAGCAGUGUCACGCAAUGUAAACUAUGACCCAAAACCACCGAUACCAGCCAAGAACACACCCAACAACUCCCACAUCACAGUCACGGUUGAAACAGGAAAAGACAGCACCAGAGACGCGCCUAAAAGCAAUAAAUCAGUCAGCAAAACAUACCACACACUCAAAGACAUGAUAUCUAGUAGGUUUAAGAAAGAUAAUAAUGAUAGUGACAAGAGCAAUGAAGAGCCAAGAUUGAAUAACACAGAGGAACGUAAAAGACCAGAACCCGAAAAUGUAACACCAAGAGAAACGCCAAGGAAGGUGGAACAAGGGAUAUACGGAAGACCCAUGCCACAGAAUCGACCGGAUAUGCAGUACAAUCCAGCGAUGGCAAACAAUAUGGCGUACCACAGUCCCUCCCCACAUAGGCAAAUAAUGCAGCAGCACAUAGUCCAACAACAGAUCAUGAUGAGCCAGGCCAGAUCGCAGGAGAUGCUGGCGUCCCCGCACAGGCAGCAGGCUCUAGGUGCUGACGCGUUGUACCAGCAGUACGGGCCACCGGGGAGAAGAAGUGCGGUCUACCAACGGGACCUUGACGUACGCUCUAUGGCCAACUUCACAUCACUCAAGACUGGACCUCAAUCGCAGUACGAACACUCACAUUCGAGAGCCGACCUCAGAAGUCCACAACAGCUAGAACGAGAAAUCGUCAGACAAAGGGGAUUUAUAGAAGGGAGAAGAGCAUCGUCUCAUCCCCACCUUCUAGACGAACCUCAGCAGAGAUCUGAAGUUAGUUCACCUCAUACACCACAAAUAAACAACAAAUCUAGAAGAAAUUCCCAAGGGAAUCUUCUAGAUGGUCUACCCAAUGAAAACGGUCCACCGAGACAUAAUGACGAAAGAGAAUCGGACGACGGUGGAUUCAGAAUGAGGUUAAAUCAAAGUAGAGCCAGCGCAGAUGAACGAAUUAGAUCGAGCGGUAGAUCUAUAGAGUCACGACUAGAUAGAAGUCAAGAAUACAGAAGAACUCCAGAUAGUCACCGAGAGAGGAGAACACCCGAUAGUCAUAGAGAAAGAAGAACACCGGAUUCUCUAAAUCAGAGACCGAAAGACGAAAGUGAGAAUUUGGACAGAAGUGACAGAACUGAUGAAAACGUUAGCCAAAAAUCUGUGGACAGUGUUUACAACGCGAGUGUCAAACAAGAGAGACACACCCCGCAGCCUUCUUCUUCAAGACAAACGCCAAACCGCAUAGAAGAUCUCAAAUCAGGUGGAAAGAAGGCCAGUGGAUCCGCAGCUAGCUCUGAUUACGACAAGAACGGUGGUCAGUCCUCAAACGUGGACUCCGGGAGAGGCAGCGUCGCGUACUCCAGCGGCCGACGACCGGAAACCAGCAUCCACGACACGUCGGCCGACUCCGACGUCGCGGGCACCAAGCAGCCACAGCCGAGCACCAGCCAGCAGAACCCCGCUCCAGCGGAGAACGAGUGGGCGGACCUGGUGGAGUGCGAGCUCCGUCAAAUCCUGGAGCCGAAGCUGUCCAACAUGAGACUGGACAGCUCCGACAGCUCCGACAGCGACGUCACCCCGCCACUGCCACCAUUGUCCCCAUCGUCGGACAUACACAAGCGGAACAGUCUCCCUGGUCGCUCAUCAGAAUAUCCGGAGGAGCGGCGUCGCGGGCGCGAGUCACCGCGCUGGCACGCGCACUCCCACAAGAAGCACUCCUCCAAACGCGAUCAUCAUUAUAAGAAACACUUAUUCGGUCUCGACACAACCGACAUGACGUCGACCACGACUCGCAGCCUGGACCUAUCGUCGCUGCUGGACGCCCGCUCCGACGCGCGGACAGACAGCGAUGCUUCGGGCGACGCGCGCGCAAUACGCCGCCAGUUGAGAGGGCUGGAGAACAUGUACGCUGAGGUGCUCCAGCUGCUCGGUGUGCGGAAACCAGCGAGACCCACGCCUUGGGAGGCCAGCAGGUUGUCGUCAAAGCGGCGUUACGGCAGCAUGUCGUCGCUACCGUCCAGCUCGGUGAGCAGCCGGCCCGUGCGGGACAAGCGCCGCAGCUCCCAUGAUGGACGGAAAAAACACGAUCUCAAGGGCAUCAACAAGCGGUUCGCCCGCCUGGAGGCGCACGUGGUGACGCUGGCGCGGUCGGUGGCGCACCUGUCCUCCGAGAUGCGCACGCAGCACCUCGUCAUGGCCGAGAUGGACAACAUCCGCGCCGAGAUCGCCGCGCUCAGGCAUAUGUACAAAUCCCAGCAGUACAUCAGGUCUGGUCACCGGCACACGGACCCGUUCUCGUUCAGCAAUCCCGACCGCGUGAAGCGACUCACCAAGUUCUUCGGAGACGAGCCGCCGCUGAUGAGGCUAUUCCUCAAGAAACUCGGAUAUGAGAAAUACGCGGCCCUUCUCGAGAAGGAGAAGGUGGGUGCGGCGGAGCUCCCCUACGUGGGGGAGGACAGACUCCGGGCGCUAGGGGUGCCGCUGGGACCCCGCAUGAGGAUCCUGAAGGAGGCUGGGAUACACCAGGACCUGCAUAUGCAGAGAGACGACAUGAACACUACCACCACUACGCUGGCUAUUGUUUAAACAGUCCAUAUUUACGACCAAAACAAAAUAUUGUACACAAAAGGAGGUACUUAUAAGGAUAAGGUAAAGAUUUUCAUAGAUAUGAAAGAUAAACUUUAUAGACAGCUUAUCAAUAAUUUGCGAAAGCCAACGUUUAGUAGCGUAGUUUGAUGCACUUGUUUACAAAAGACGUGGGAGAGCCAUGUUUCGACACGAAUGGGCCGGCUCGA